AACUGCCAUUUUGACCACUUUCCCAACAAGUUAGACAACUACUCAGAGCAAAUGAAAUCUUCCUCUACUUCUCAGCUAUUCAAAUAUGAAAUCAAAACAGGAAUGGCGUCUACCAAUCAAGAGGUACAGCUGUUUUAGUAACCGCAUCAACUUCUUUCAGUAGGCUACUUCCCACUGUUGAAUUAACUGUCAUAGAACUUUGAGAAAUAUCAAAUUCUAACACAUUCUAAGCAUGAGACAAUUAAUAAACAAUGUGACUUUUGACACAAAUCAGCUACUUUGACCACUUUCCCAAUAAAGCAAGCCCCACAACUUGUAAAGUUACCAUCUAGUUUGUUUUGUUUUUGUUUUACAGGCAUUAAACAGCCAAGCCAUGCUGUAUUGGUUGCAGCAGCUGCAAAUAAAACGGUGGCAGCACAAUACCAGCCUGGUGAAAAUACCUGCAGAGCCCUCCACUACCUCCACACAGCUCUGCCAGCUGCCUUCUGCACCUUGGGAAGCACCUCCAGCACCGCCUGUACCUCUGACACCCCCAGCACCUACAGUCCUUUCAGCUCCUUCAGUUUCUUCAGUUACAAACGAGUCUGCGCAGGAAGCAAAGACUGGAGGAAAGAGUUCUCCAUCAAGCAGCAUGAACAAGAGGGAGAAGAAAAUGACCAGUUCUCUUCAGCCUUCUGGGGAGGUGGUGUCAGGAAAGGAGGGGAGCCCCGUGGACAAACUAUCCAGACUCCAGCACGAGGUGUUCACGCUCACUGAGGAGCUCAAGUCACAAAAGGAGCUGGUGCGACUCCUUCACAAGGCCCUGGAGGCAGCACAGCAGGAGAAGAGGACCAGCAAACAGUUCCUGGCAGCAGCAGGGGAGCAGGAGCGGCUGGAACUGGUGCGGCACAAAGAGAGGUGUAUCACGGACCUGGACGGCCGCCUGGAGGCCCUGCUCAAAGACAAGGAGGAGCUGGAGCAGCGGCUGGCCAUGCAGGACUGCCAAGUGAAUGAGCUGCAGCAGCACGUGCAGCUCAUGAUGGAGAAGAACAACGCCAAGCAGGAAGUCAUCCUCAAGCUCUCCGAGCAGGUGGCCGCCUGCAUGGCUGACCCCCAGCGUACCGUAGCCAACUCCAUGGGCACAGAGACCUUCUGCAGGCUGCAGGAGAAGAUUGAGCACCUCAAGGUUAUUUUAAAAGUUACUUUUACAUUACAGCCAUGGGAAGUACGUCAACUCUUGUUUCAAGAAACACGGAUAAAACCACACUCUUUUUUUUGGUUUUGUUUGACCACCAUGUAAUCCUGCAUGAUGUGAAAAAGCAGUAAAGUAACUGAUCCAUGUUUUCACUGCUGGGGUGUCACAUACGGUAUUCUGCACCUUCUCUGCAUCCAAUAAGCAUUACAAACAUGACAUCUUAACUAGAUUUUAUUAGCAUUGGAGCAGACACACAAUUACUGUUUGCCACUCCAGUCUAAGAAUGAUUCAUUUAUAGUAGAACCGGUCCAGGGGUCCAGCGAAUAUAUACUAAUAUUGUAUCUCAGAGGAAGUCGUUUUAGUAUAUUGUAGUUUCUUUAUUAACGUCGGGGCAUUAUAAAUGAACAACGUCAGGUACAUCAGUGUGCCUAAAACACCAAAGUACGACACAGCAUGUAUUCUAUACAAAAAAAUCUGUGAAAAUGACUGCACAAGCACUGAAGUACAGUAUUUCUCAGUUUACAAAACAGCAUUCCAAACAGUUCUUAACGUGCUUUCUCAGUGUAUGCCAAAGUAAUCUGACAGGUUUUUUUUACAUUGUGUGUGUUAACCUGAGACAUAAACAACAACAAGGAUGCACGCUUUUUAACAGUACAGUAAUUUUAUGAAUCCUUUACUUUUCUUUUAUUUACUAUGGUUAAACUGGGCAGUUAUGUGAAGUGACAGCGUGUACAAAUUCUGACCUGCUAAGAGCUGAAUUUACUGUUUUAGACCCAUAAUAAAAUGUGCAUUGGUCAGUUUCCAUCAGUACCAUUCAGUUGGUAGCAGCAUAUGUAAGUCACACAUGGCACAGGUCCAUUUGGUAAUGAU